AGAAACACACAUAAUAAAAAUUAGGGUUCUUGAAUUGCUUUCUAGGGUGGUCACAUAUCUCAAUCUCCUGCUCCCUGUCAUGAUCAGAAGAUUCUUCUCUCAUGCCCAUCUCACUUAAAAAUACCCUACACUUCACUUCCCAAGCUCCCCUCUUCUGAGGAGCCUCAAAAACCCAUAAACCUUCAAAGCCAUGGCUUUAGUUGGUCUCACUCUCAUGGUCUCAGACCCCUUUGCCUCCAUUUGUUGUUGAUGAAGAAAACAGAUAAAGAAACGAGGGUAAAUGAUCGAAGUUAAUGGCAGGAUGGUGAACAUCAAAAGAUGGCUUUAAAAUUGUUCAGUACGUUUGAGGGUGAAAACAGAUAUGGAUCUUGAUUCAUCAGCAAAAGGUGGUCAUGGUGGUGACUGCAAGGAGCGACUGAGGAGCUUGUUUGAUCAAGUUCUUAUGGUUUUUCUGAGGGAUGUGUAUGGAGGGAAAUGUAUUCGGCCCAUUCCAGCAUUGCUUGGGGACGGGCAGCCAGUGGAUUUAUUUAAGCUUUUCUGGGUAGUGUGGAAGAGAGGUGGGCAUGAUUUCGUCUCCCGGAAUGGUUUCUGGGAUUCUGUGGCUGAGGAAUGUGGGUUGGAUGCUGGACUAAUGGCACCUAUAAAGUUAAUACAUAUGAAAUAUUUAAAUUGGCUGGAGCAAUGGUUACAGUGGGCCUUUAAAGAUAACAACGGGUUUGAAAGUGGACAGAGUGAAAUCGAUGGGACAUUAGGUUCGUUGUUGUUCAUGUUGCAGAAAGAAUUUAGGGAUGUGUUGUAUGAUGAACAAGAUGUAAAAAAAAAAGAUGGUGAACUUGUUGGACUAGAAUGGCAAAAGCAUGGGAAAUACAAUGAUGUGAAUAUUGAUAACAGAGUGAUGCUUUUGCUGUCUACUAGAGACACUAAUGAAGCACAUUUUGACGCAGAAAAAAUGGCCACUGAUGAUGAUGGAAAACUAAGUGUGAGUUGUGAAAAUGAAGUAAAUGUUCCACAAGUGGUUGUUGCUAGUGAAUCAUCUACUUCUGAGAAGAGAAAACGGGAACCCCCGCCUGUAUUUGGAUGGCUGAGGUGGGUGAAGGAAGUUGCAAACCAUCCUGAUGAUCCUGCACUUGGGAGAAUACCUGAGUGCUCAAAGUGGAGCAGUUCUAGCAAGGAGGAGGUCUGGGUCCAAGCUUUGCUGGCACGCGAGGCCCUCUUGAAACGGCAUGAUGAUUCAAGUGUCCAAGAACCUCUCUCGAAGAAGAGGCUGAAAAUGCAUCCCAUGAUGUAUGAGGAUAGGAAUGUUAUCAAUCACCAACAUGCAGAGAGAUUACGCUGCAGCGAAAGACUUCCUUCUUUGGCAAAACAUCGCUCGUGUCCCUGUUGCAACACGUGCUCAACUUCCGAAAAUAAAGUUGCAACUGCCCACAAAGAGGAAGUGGAAAGUAGCCUUGAGCAAGUAUCUGUAAAAAGAACCAAUGAUCAGUCCCUCCGGAAUCAUGUUUCCGUGGGCUGUCUCUUUCAAGCUGAAGUACCCGAGUGGACUGGGGUAGUUUCUGAGAGUGAUCCAAAGUGGCUAGGCACAAGGAUGUGGUCUCCAGAAAAUGGGAAACACAAUUCCCUUAAUGCAUUGACUUCUGUUGGCCAAGGGAGACAGGCUUCGUGUAGCUGUCAAUUUCCAGGUUCUGUCAAGUGUGUCAGGAUUCAUAUCACUGAGAGGAGGAUGGAACUGAAGCUUGAGCUUGGGGGGUUGUUUAAUCAGUGGGGAUUUGAUAGCAUGGGUGAGGAAGUUUCACUGUCAUGGACACUGCAAGAAGAAGAGCGAUUCAGAGAUAUGAUAAGGACAACGCCCCCAUCCCUGGACAAGAGCUUUUGGAACAGGGUAUUGAAGUUCUUUCCUACCAAAUCAAGGGAGAAGCUUCUAAGUUAUUAUUUCAAUGUAUUCAUUAUCCAGCGCCGAGCAUAUCAGAAUCGAGUAACACCAGCAGAAAUAGAUAGUGAUGACGAUGAACGAGAAUCUGGGUGUGUAGGUGGUAGUUAUGGGAGCAAUGCGCUGGUCAUUCCAGGCCCUGAAGUACUGACAUGCGCUGAGAAUAAGCAGUGCACCGAUUUGUAGUGUAACUUUAAGGAGUUGGUAGCUAUUUCUGCACCUUUUGUGCUGGACAGUUUUGAUGAGCCAAAAACCUAGUAGCUGAGAGAGAUUGGAAGAGGAGUUGGUACAUAGUGGUUUCGUGAGGCAUGACCUAAAGUUUUGAAUUUGCAAUGGUUUAGCAUCUAUAGUUCUAGUGAGUUCAAGUUCAACUGUCUGCAGGUCCGGCUGGUUUGUGAAUAUUGCUGAAAGACAGCCAGAAACCAGAUUUGUGAGAUGCAACAAUUUUAUUAAACUAGAUAACCCUAUGAACUCAUUAGGUUCGGGUGGAGAAUGUUUGCAACAGUGUUCGAGGUGCACUUAUGUCGAUUUUUUCUGUUUUGGUCGUGGGUUCUUCUCUUGCGCUGGUAUUUUACAAUUUUGAUCAGCCUUCACCUCCAGGAGAUGAACACCCUUUCCCCUCUUUCUCUGCUGUGGACUAUUUGGGUUUUUUUCCUUCUCUCUCUCUCUCUGUGCUGGGGACUAUCUGUUAAGAGUCAGUUUGGUUUUUGUACACAGAGAAGGGGAAUUUGUCCCUUAAAUUGUAAAGAGCUAGGGUUUUUGCUCUCAAUAGGGUUUUGGCAAACUGGUAUGCUUUCAUGUCCAAACCUGAGCAAAUGGUGGACAAUAAAUAUGAUGAUUGAUAAAGCUCUCAGU